AUGCAAAUGAAUAUGUAUAAUAAGAUUUUACCGGAGCAGCAUUUUACGGCUGGUGAAUUACGAGCUCUUUAUAGGACAUUUAAGGAUAUGUUACCCAUUUGUCGAAAUUCAUUCCGUGAUCUAUAUGCUAAUAUUUUUCCUCAUGGUGAUGCGGAACAGUUUGCUGAUUUGAUAUUUGAUGGUAUCGUGCGCGAGCGCGCCGAAUUUGUGACAUUUACGGACUUCAUCAAGACAUACUCGAUUCUAUUAAAGGGGACAAUGGAGGAAAAACUAAAUUGGAUGUACAAGAUAUACGAUCCCGAAAGUACCGGUAAAAUCGGAUGGGAACGAAUUUUUAGGAUUAUCACUGCUACUGAUGAUUUAAUUGGAAUCAGAGCAAUACCGAUAAUAUCACCGGCUCAACGAGUAGAACAAGCUAGACAAAUCGUGCAGAAAUUUGACCAUGAAAAUAAAGGAUGGAUAUCACGGGAAGAUUUCAUGGCGAUGUGCAGCCAAGACGAAUGUAUUCUUCAGUCCAUUUCAGCACUUUGCACAGCAAUAUGGUAA